AGAGCCCACAAUUUGCAGGAACCAGGUGAAAAACAUCACACAACCUCUCUCUCCUUCACUCUUUCAUUAUUAGAGCUAUGUAUAGAAUCCAAGGAGUCUGUAGGCGACUGGUAUCUCCCAGCCUAUCUUUAAAUUGGCUGAGAUUGCAGGGUUCCAAAGCCUCAGCAGAGCCCUUCUUGUCUGGGUCUAGCAGCUCUUACCUAGAGCAGAUGUACGAGAGCUGGCAGUCUGACCCAAAUUCUGUUCACAAGUCUUGGCAGGCGUACUUCAACAACGUGACAAGAGGGGAUUUACCAGGUCAGGCGUAUCAACGGGCUCCACCUCCAGACACUGGUCAGUACGUCCCUCCUGCAUCAAGUGCAAAGGACAUACAAGACCAUCUUAACGUCCAGGCUUUAAUUAGAGCUUAUCAAAUUAGUGGUCAUCGUAUUGCUGAUUUGGAUCCACUGGGGAUGGGAGAUGCUGAUCUUGACCCAAAUAUUCCUUUUGAACUCUUGCCUGAGAAGAUUGGUUUCACUUCUGGUGACUUCCAGAGGACCUUUCAACUCCCAGUAACAACUGUCAUUGGAGGUCGUGAGGAUAACCUGACCCUGGAGGCCAUACUGGCCAGACUGAGGAGCGUGUACUGUACUCACAUUGGACUGGAGUACAUGCACAUUAAUGACAGGUCAAAAUGUGACUGGAUUAGAACUAAAUUUGAGCCUCCUGGUAUCACUGAAAUGUCAGUGACAGACAAAAAGAGGUUACUGGCACGACUGAUACGCGCCACAAGGUUUGAGGAGUUUCUGGCCAGUAAAUGGACCAGUGAGAAGAGGUUCGGUCUUGAAGGAUGCGAAGUGCUGAUACCAGCUCUGAAGACUAUCAUUGACCACUCUAGUUAUGCUGGAGUGGAGAGCUUCAACAUUGGGAUGCCACACAGGGGGCGAUUGAAUGUGUUGGCUAAUGUAGCAAGGAAGCCAUUAGAGCAACUGUUUUUACAGUUUAAUCCACAACUGGAACCAGGAGAUGAAGGUUCUGGUGACGUGAAGUAUCAUCUAGGAAGCUUCAUAGAGAGAACAAACAAUAUCACACACAAGCCUAUCAAAAUAUCACUUGCUGCCAAUCCAUCUCAUUUAGAAGCUGUUGAUCCUAUUGUUCAAGGGAAGACCAGGGCACAGCAGUUUUACCAAGGUGAUAAGGAGGGCAAGCAUUCAAUGAGUAUACUCCUUCAUGGAGAUGCUGCUUUUGCUGGACAAGGUGUGGUAUAUGAGACCUUUCAUCUCUCUGAUUUACCAGACUACACUACGCAUGGCACUGUGCAUGUCAUUGUGAACAAUCAGAUUGGAUUCACAACUGAUCCUAGAGUAGCCCGAUCCUCUCCUUACCCCACUGAUGUUGCCAAGGUUGUUAGUGCUCCUAUAUUUCAUGUCAAUGCAGAUGACCCUGAAGCUGUCAUGCAUGUCUGUAAAGUUGCUUCUGAAUGGAGGUCAACUUACGGUAAAGAUGUGGUAAUUGAUCUCGUUUGCUAUCGGAGGAAUGGUCACAAUGAAGGAGACAAUCCAAUGUUUACACAACCUGAGAUGUAUCAGAAGAUUGCAAGGCAUGAUCCUGUCCUCAAGCAGUAUGCUGCUAAACUUAUCACAGAAGGAGUUGUGACUGAGAAAGAAUAUGCAGAAGAAUUAGCGAAGUAUGAUGAAAUAUGCAAAGAAGCUUACAGACAGGCAACUUCUGAAGAGAUCAAACUACAUCAUGCCUGGAUUGACUCACCUUGGGAUGGAUUCUUUCCUGAAGAUGGAAAGAUACCCACUACAGUAAAAUCUACUGGGAUUAGUGAUGAGUCUUUGUUGCAUAUUGGAGAUGUGGUCUCCUCAAGUCCUGAGGAUUUUAACUUACACCCAGGUCAGAAAAGAAUAUUGAAGGCACGCAAGGAAAUGAUGAAGAGCCGUGAAGCAGACUGGGCCAUGGGAGAAGCAUUUGCAUUUGGAUCACUAUUAAUGGAAGGUACACACGUGCGUCUGUCUGGUCAAGAUGUGGAGAGAGGCACUUUCAGUCAUAGACAUCACGUGUUCAAUGACCAGAAGGUGUACAACAGACAAUAUAGGCAGCUGAAUCAUCUCUCUGAUAAUCAGGCCAAGUACACAGUCUGCAACAGCUCCUUGAGUGAGUUUGCUGUGUUGGGGUUCGAGUUAGGUUUCUCAAUUACUAAUCCUAACGCUCUCAUACUCUGGGAGGCUCAGUUUGGGGACUUUCACAACAAUGCACAAUGUAUCAUUGAUCAGUUUAUUUGUUCUGGCCAGGAUAAGUGGGUUAGACAGAGUGGCCUAGUGUUACUCUUACCCCAUGGCUAUGAAGGAAUGGGUCCAGAGCAUUCCAGUGCUAGGCUGGAGAGAUUUUUACAGUUAUGUAAAGAUGAUGGUGACAUAUGCCCCGACAUUUCUAAGGACAAUUUUGAAAUUUCUCAACUCUAUGACUGCAACUGGAUGGUUGUAAACUGUACCACUCCUGCUAAUUUCUUUCACGUUCUUAGACGACAAGUCAUUCUACCUUUUAGAAAACCACUAGUUGUCAUGUCACCCAAGAAAUUGUUGAGAUUGCCCGAAGCUAAAUCAUCAUUUGAUGACAUGCUAGAAGGUACCUCAUUUAAGAGACUCAUUCCCGAUAACUCAGACUUAGGAUCCAGUUCUGUAAAGCGACACAUCUUCUGCUCUGGUAAAAUCUACUAUGAACUAGUUAAACAGAGAGAGGCGAACAACAUGAAUAAUGAAGUGGCCAUUACUAGAAUUGAGCAAAUCUCACCCUUUCCAUAUGACCUUGUCAUUGAGCAGCUGUCAAGAUUCCCUCAAGCUGACAUUGUUUGGGUCCAAGAAGAGAGCAAGAACAUGGGAGCAUGGCUGUACGUCAAGGACAGGCUUGUAACUGCUGCUAAGGAAGUUUUUAAAGGCACUACAACUCCAAUCAAAUAUGUUGGUAGAUCACCUAGUGUUGCAGUUGCUACUGGUAUAAAAGCAACACACAUUCAAGAGGAGAAAGCUAUAUUAGAAGACUCAUUUAAGCUACAAUAAUAGCCUCAUUAUUUUAAGCUAGCCAUAUCGUUAUAUAGAUAUACCUGUUUAACUGUAUGUUUUGUUUAUUCUUUGUUAUUAUUAUUAUUAUUGUAUUGAGUAUGCAUCCCAUGUUAUCAUCAUAAUUUCAGUUUAUUAUAUAUAUUUAUUUUACAAUCAUUUUUGUAGCUGAUUGUGUAGCUAGCAAUUGUAUUUUGUGUACUAUUAUGUGUCAAUUAUUUAUGG